AUGGCCAGCGCCGAGAUGGUCGUGUACUGCUUCGACACGCUACAGUCGCACUUCGAGGGCUCCACGGAGCCAACGCUCCGCUCCAGUGUGCAGCAGCAGCAAUAUCCGCUGUUCGUGACGUGGGAGAUCGAGGAGCACGGCGAGAGGCGCUUGCGCGGCUGCAUCGGGACGCUGAAGCCCACGAGGCUGUGCAGCUUGCGCGAUUUCACGUUCAAGAGCGCACUGCGCGACCACCGCUUUGACCCCAUUGGGCCGCACGAGUUGCAGCGUCUCUGCUGCUCCGUGUCGCUGCUUCUUGACUACCAGGACGCUGGAAGCUACGACGACUGGAAGAUUGGCACUCACGGGAUCAUUAUCGAGUUCACCGACUCGCGUGGCAAAGAGUACAGCGCCACGUACUUACCACAAGUGGCUUGCGAGCAAGGGUGGACGCAUGUCGAGACAGUCACGGCUCUUAUGAGAAAAGCAGGCUAUCGCCACGGGGUCACGGAUGCCAUGCUGGAGGCCGUCAGGGUCACGCGCUACCGCUCUUCGAGUCACAAGCUCACGUACCAGCAGUACGUUUCCCUCAAACAGACGAUGCUGGACAGUGCGUAG